AUGAGCGUUAUAUCCAUUACCAGGCCAACGAAUGUGUAUGACGAUGAGCCAUCGGACAUAGAGAUGUCGGACGUCGAAGAAAGCGGCGAAUUGAAGAAGGAAUCAGCCGGUGAGUCCAUCGUGACGCCAGGUGAGCUAGUCACAGACGACCCCGUGUGGAUGAAGGGCCAUGGGACGUAUUUCUUACACGACCAGACAUAUUCCUCUGUUGCUGGUAGCGUGUCGAGGGUGAAUAGGUUGUUGAGUGUUAUACCGUUGAGAGGGAGGUACCAGGCGGAGACCGGUGACCAUGUAGUGGGCCGUAUCACUGAGGUGGGACCCAAGAGAUGGAAGGUCGACAUCGGGUGCAAGCAGGACGCAGUUCUCAUGCUUGGGUCUGUAAAUUUGCCCGGUGGGGUGUUGAGAAGGAAGUCUGAGAGUGACGAGUUGCAGAUGAGAAACUUCUUGAAAGAGGGCGACUUGUUGAAUGCAGAAGUGCAGAGCAUCUUCUCCAACGGAUCAGCGUCGCUCCACACGAGAUCAUUGAAGUAUGGGAAGUUGAGAAACGGGAUCUUCUUGAAGGUUCCCUCAUCGUUGGUGGUCAAGUCUAAGAAUCAUUCUUAUAAUCUUCCGGGAAACGUCAGUGUGAUCGUCGGGGUGAAUGGGUACGUUUGGUUAAGCAAGUCAAAGCAAGGAGCUUCCAGCACCACCUCAGCUACCACGAACAAGGCACAAGCGGCAUUUGAUUCGUCUUCUUCGGGCUACAAUCCGGGCCAGGGUUCUGUCUCGAUCACCAGAUUGGAGGAGGAGUCGUCGUGGGAAAUAUACUCAGACAAAAACGAAAGCAUAUCCAACUCUGUGCGCCACACCAUCACGAGGUACUACAAUGUAAUCAAGGCGUUGGCGUUUGGCGAGUUGGGAAUUACAGAGCAGAGAAUUAUCAUGGGUUAUGAAGCAAGUUUGGCAUACGAAGAUGUUGGUAGUUUGAUAGACAAGGAGGCAAUGGAAAGUAUAUGCCAGGAUGUGAUCAACAGCGAGAAGAUGAGGGGAUAG